GAAUUUAUGUAAAAUUAAGAUGGCAGCUGCCUGUGCGAGAACUCUCGGUAAGGUCGGCUGGCACAUUUUGGAGUCUCCACCAUGUCGUGCUGAGAAUAUUGCCUCCCUGAUUCCAAGGGUCCCGCUACAUGGGUCGAGCAGGGCAUACAGAACGGGUGGUGCAGGAUUCCGUUCCAAACUGCUCUUCAGCACACCUCUGCGCGGUGGCAGGGUCCUGGGGUGUGCGUUCCUGUUUGGAGGGGGGCUUGGCUUAUAUCAAACAAUAAAGCUCUCCGUCCAACAUCACCUUGCUGAAGAAGAUGUCAAGGUAAUAAUACUGGGCAAGAAUAUUAGCUAUGAAAGGUAUUUGCAUUCAUUGCCAUGUCUACCUGAAGCAAAGUAAUCUUAUGUUUGUCAGGUGGAUGUUUGUCAGCUAACAACCUCUGGUGUGCUUGUCAAGUAGCUUGCCCAAUGUUACAUCCUCAAAUGUGGCAAAUUUUGCAUUGUAAAUGUAUAUGUAACGUUAAUUAAUGAAAUUGACUUUUAACCGACUUCUCUGUCUUCCUCAGGCUUCUGUUGGUGGCCUGAAGUUGACCCUGUAUCAGUACAAGACCUGCCCGUUCUGCAGUAAAGUGCGAGCUUUCCUAGACUACCAUGGGCUUCCAUAUGAGAUUGUGGAGGUCAACCCCGUCAUGAGGAAGGAAAUCAAGUGGUCAACUUACAGAAAAGUGCCAAUCGUGAUGGUGAAUGGUGAUGUGGUAAGAGGGGACACAGUCACUCUGCAUUACUUGGUAUUAUAGUUACAACUUACAGGUGUGUAUGGGAUGAUGGAAGACUUGUCAUGUGUUCUCUCUCUCUCCUUCUGUGCUCUUGACUCAUCAGCAACUGAAUGACUCCUCAGUAAUAAUCAGCGCGUUGAAGACACAGUUGAUGAGCAAGUAAGUAACUACCUCCCGAGAAGUGUUCUUGUGUUUUCUUUACAUGAAGUGGUCUGAUUUCUCUAUCUCCCCCUGCAGGGAUAAAACCAUCGCAGAGAUUCUACGCUGUUACCCAGAGAUGAAGGCCGUCAAUGAGAAGGGGAAAGAGGUGACUGAGUUCAACAACAAGUACUGGGUGAUGGUGAAUGAAGCUGAAGGUCAGACGAUGUACCCCGAGAAAGAUUCCAGAAAGUAGGUGAACACAUUAGGUGCCAAAUUACUGCUGGCCAUAUAAUGACCAAAAACCAUUCCGUGCAUGGGUCAUUAAUGAAAAUCUCUCUGAGGGUGUACAUACUGUGCAUAACUACUCUUUUAGAUUAUGAUAUUGCUUCUUCCAGUUACUGAUUGGCAUGCACCCAUCAAGAGCAGAUUGGCAAAUAUACAGUAAAUUGAGAUCACAUAACUAAACUAAACAAAAAGGAGAAACUAUACCAUGGAACAAAGAUAAAUGAUAUAAAGAAUGAUAGUAAAAAGCUCUGGAGUACCUUAAAUGAAAUUCUAGGCAAAAAAGCGAACUCAAACAUUGAGGCAGAUGGCUUGUUCAUAACAAAACCCUUUGAUAUUGCCAACCACUUAAAUAACUUUUUAUGUUGAAAAGAUUAGCAAAUUUAGGCAUGACAUGCAAACAACAAACGCUCAGCCUUCAUAUUUAUGCAUAACGGACCAAAUAAUGAAAGACAAGCACUGUAGUUUUGGGUUCUGCAAAGUUGGUGUGGAAUAGGUGAACAAAAUUGUUGCUAUACAUAAAUAAGGACAAGCAUCCUGGUACCGACAACCUGGAUGGUACAUUGCUGAAGUUGGUAGCGGAAUACAUUGCGACACCUGUUUGCCACAUCUUCAAUUUAAGCCUAGAAGACGGUGUGUGCCCUCAGGCCUGGAGGGAGGCAAAGGUCAUUCCGCUGGCCAAGAAUGGCAAAGCACCCUUUGAUGGUUCAAACAGCCAACCAAUCAGCCUGUUACCGGUGCUUAGCAAACUUUUGGAAAAAUCGUGUUAGACCAAAUUCAAUGUUAUUUUACAGAAAACAAAUUAAGACUUUCAGCAUGCUUAUAGGGAAGGGCACCUAACAUGCUCUGCACUGACACAAAUGAUUGAUGAUUGGCUGAAAUAAAUUGAUAAAAAUAAGAUUGUGAGAGCUGUUUUGUUACAUUUCAGUGCAGCAUUUGAUAUCAUUGAUCAUAACCUAUUGCUGAAAACUUAGGCGUUAUGGAUUUACAUCCUCUGCCUUAUCAGUGAUUGAGGGUUACCUAUUUAUACUGAACAAAAAUAUGAACGCAACAUGUAAAGUGUUGGUCCCAUGUUUCAUGAGCUGAAAUAAAAGAUCCCAGAAAUGUUCCAUAGGCACAAAAAGCUUAUUUCUCAGAAAUGAUGUGCACACAUUUGUUUACAUCCCUGUUAGUGAGCAUUUCUCCUUUGCCAAGAUAAUCCACCUGACAGGUGUGGCAUAUCAAGAAGCUGAGUAAACAGCAUGAUCAUUACACAGGUGCUUCUUGUGCUGGGGACAAUAAAAGGCCACUCUAAAAUGUGCCAUUUUGUCACACAACACAAUGCCACGUGUCAAGUUUUGAGGGAGCUUGCAAUUGGCAUGCUGACUGCAGGAAUAUCCUCCAGAGCUGUUGCCAGAGAAUUUAAUGUUCAUUUCUCUACCAUAAGCCGCCUCCAACGUCGUUUUAGAGAAUUUGGCGGUACGGCCAACCAGCCUCACAACCGCCAAUGACGUGUACCCACACCAGCCCAGGACCUCCACAUCCGGAUUCUUAACCUGCGGGAUCGUCUGAGACCAGCCACCCGGACAACUAAUGAAACGGUGGGUUUGCACAACCAAAUACUUUCUGCACAAACUGUCAUAAACCGGCUCUGGAAAGCUCAUCUGCGUGCUUGUUGUCCUCACCAGGGUCUUGACCUGACUGCAGUUCGGCGUUGUAACCGUAUUCAGUGGGUAAAUGCUCACCUUUGAUGGCCACUGGCACACUGGAGAAGUGUGCACAUUAUGGAUUAAUCCUGGUUUCAACUGUACCGGGCAGAUAGCAGACAGUGUGUAUGGCAUUGUGUAGGCGAGCGGUUUGCUGAUGUCAAUGUUGUGAACAGAGUGCCCCAUGGUGGGGUUAUGGUAUGGGCAGGCAUAAGCUACGGACAACGAACACAAUUGCAUUUUAUCAAUGGCAAUUUGAAUGCACAGAGAUACCGUGACGAGAUCCUGAGGCCCAUUGUCGUGCCAUUCAUCCUCCUCCAACACCUAAUGUUUCAGCAUGAUAAUGCACUGUCCCAUGUCACAAGGAUCUGAACAUAAUUCCUGGAAGCUGAAAAUGUCCCAGUUCUUCCACGGCCUGCAUACUCACCAGACAUGUCACCCAUUGAGCAUGUUUGGGAUGCUAUGGAUCGACGUGUAUGACAUCGUGUUCCAGUUCCCGCCAAUAUCCAGCAACUUCGCACAGCCAUUGAAGAGGAGUGGGACAACAUUCCACAGGCCAUAAUCAACAGCCUGAUCAACUCUAUGAGAAUGAGAUGUCGCGCUGCAUGAGGCAAAUGGUGGUCACACCAGCUACUGACUGGGUUUCUGAUCCACGCCCCAAUUUUUGUUUUGCUUAAAGGUAUCUGUGACCAACAGAUGCAUAUCUGUAUUCCCAGUCAUGUGAAAUCCAUAGAUUAGGGCCUAAUGAAUGUAUUUCAAUUGACUGUUUUCCUUAUGAUCUGCAACUCAGUCAAUUCUUUGAAAUUGUUGCAUAUUGUUUUUUUGUUUUUUUUUCAGUGUAUUAGAACACAGUUUUCUUUAAUGGAAGUCUCUCUAAUGCGAAUUCGGUUGAGUGGUGUACCAUAUUGUCUAUUUUUCCUAAUUACCUUCCACUGACCUUUGAGUAAAGCCUGUGUGUCUGUAUGCUGAUGACUCAACCAUAUACACGUCAGCUACGACAGUCAAAUAAAUAAUGGAUACCCUUAACAUAGCGCUCCAGUCAGUUUUAGAAUGGGUAACUAGCAAUAGGCUGGUGCUCAAUAAAAGCAUCGUUUUUUGGACAAAUCACUCACUCAACCCUAACCUCAUCUAGAUCUAUUACUGAAUAAUGUGUUGAUUGAGCAAGUUGAGGAGACUAAACUUCUGGGUGUAACCCUAGAUGGCAAGCUGGCAUGGUCAAAACAUAUACUCAGUGGUUGCUAAAAUGGGAAGAGGUCUGUCCAUGAUAAGGCGUUGCUCUCCUUUCUUGACAUCUACAUCAACCAGGCAGGUCCUACAGGGCCUAGUGUUGUCAGUGGUGUGUCAAAAUUGCAGUUGGUCCAGAACAGAGCAGCGUGUAUUGCACUUACUGUAGAUAUAGACGGAGGGAGAAUGUCAGUGGUAUUCAUGUCAAUCUCUCCUGGCUCAAAGUUGAGGAGAGAUUGACUGCAUCACGAUUGGUCUUUGUGCGAGGUGUUGAUGGGUUAAAGGUACCGAACUGUCUGCACAUUGUUCGGACACCCAUCGGUACCACACAAGACGUGCAGCCAGAGGUCUCUUCACAGUUCCCAGGUCCAGAACAGAGGCUGUGAAACACACAGUAUUAAAAAGAGCCAUGACUACAUGCAACUCUGCCACCCCUGGUAACUCAAGCUAGCAAUAAAACCAGAUUUAAAAAACGGAUAAAAGAACACCUUAAGGCACCAAGGGGACUGUCAAGACAGACACUUUUGUAUAUAUAGUGUAUAUAAAAAUAUGAGGACACCCCUUCAAAUUAAUGGAUUCAGCUAUUUCAGCCACACCCGUUGCUGACAGAUGUAUAAAAUCGCCCACACAGCCAUGCAAUCACCAUAGACAAACAUUGGCAGUAGAAUGGCCUUACUGAAGAGCUCAGUGCCUUACAAUGUGGCACCGUCAUAGGAUGCCACCUUUCCAACAAGUCAGUUCGUCAAAUGUCUGCCCUGCUAGAGCUGCCCCGGUCAAUUGUACAGUGGGGAAAAAAAGUAUUUAGUCAGCCACCAAUUGUGCAAGUUCUCCCACUUAAAAAGAUGAGAGAGGCCUGUAAUUUUCAUCAUAGGUACAUGUCAACUAUGACAGACAAAUUGAGAAAAUAAAUUCCAGAAAAUCACAUUGUAGGAAUUUUAAUGAAUUUAUUUGCAAAUUAUGGUGGAAAAUAAGUAUUUGGUCACCUACAAACAAGCAAGAUUUCUGGCUCUCACAGACCUGUAACUUCUUCUUUAAGAGGCUCCUCUGUCCUCCACUCGUUACCUGUAUUAAUGGCACCUGUUUGAACUUGUUAUCAGUAUAAAAGACACCUGUCCACAACCUCAAACAGUCACACUCCAAACUCCACUAUGGCCAAGACCAAAGAGCUGUCAAAGGACACCAGAAACAACAUUGUAGACCUGCACCAGGCUGGGAAGACUGAAUCUGCAAUAGGUAAGCAGCUUGGUUUGAAGAAAUCAACUGUGGGAGCAAUUAUUAGGAAAUGGAAGACAUACAAGACCACUGAUAAUCUCCCUCGAUCUGGGGCUCCACGCAAGAUCUCACCCCGUGGGGUCAAAAUGAUCACAAGAACAGUGAGCAAAAAUCCCAGAACCACACGGGGGGGACCUAGUGAAUGACCUGCAGAGAGCUGGGACCAAAGUAACAAAGCCUACCAUCAGUAACACACUACGCCGCCAGGGACUCAAAUCCUGCAGUGCAAGACGUGUCCCCCUGCUUAAGCCAGUACAUGUCCAGGCCCGUCUGAAGUUUGCUAGAGUGCAUUUGGAUGAUCCAGAAGAGGAUUGGGAGAAUGUCAUAUGGUCAGAUGAAACCAAAAUAUAACUUUUUGGUAAAAACUCAACUCGUCGUGUUUGGAGGACAAAGAAUGCUGAGUUGCAUCCAAAGAACACCAUACCUACUGUGAAGCAUGGGGGUGGAAACAUCAUGCUUUGGGGCUGUUUUUCUGCAAAGGGACCAGGACGACUGAUCCGUGUAAAGGAAAUAAUGAAUGGGGCCAUGUAUCGUGAGAUUUUGAGUGAAAACCUCCUUCCAUCAGCAAGGGCAUUGAAGAUGAAACGUGGCUGGGUCUUUCAGCAUGACAAUGAUCCCAAACACACCGCCCGGGCAACGAAGGAGUGGCUUCGUAAGAAGCAUUUCAAGGGCCUGGAGUGGCCUAGCCAGCUCCAGAUCUCAACCCCAUAGAAAAUCUUUGGAGGGAGUUGAAAGUCCGUGUUGCCCAGCGACAGCCCCAAAACAUCACUGCUCUAGAGGAGAUCUGCAUGGAGGAAUGGGCCAAAAUACCAGCAACAGUGUGUGAAAACCUUGUGAAGACUUACAGAAAACGUUUGACCUGUGUCAUUGCCAACAAAGGGUAUAUAACAAAGUAUUGAGAAACUUUUGUUAUUGACCAAAUACUUAUUUUUCACCAUAAUUUGCAAAUAAAUUCAUAAAAAAGUCCUACAAUGUGAUUUUCUGGAUUUUUUAUCUCUCAUUUUGUCUGUCAUAGUUGACGUGUACCUACGAUGAAAAUUACAGGCCUCUCUCAUCUUUUUAAGUGGGAAAACUUGCACAAUUGGUGGCUGACUAAAUACUUUUUUCCCCCACUGUAUCUAGGAGCAACAACGGCCUCAGCUACGAAGUGGUAGGCCACACAAGCUCAGAAAGGGACCACCGAGUGCUGAAGCGCGUAAAAAUCAUCUGUCCUCGGUUGCAACACUCACUACCAAGUUGCAAACUGCUUCUGGAAGAAACGUCAGCACAAGAACUGUUUGUCGGGAGCUUCAUGAAAUGGGUUUCCAUGGCCGAGCAGCUGCACACAAGCCUAAGAUUACCAUGCGCAAUGCCAAGCGUCGGCAAUGCCCCUGUGCACAAAGCGAGGUCCAUACAGAAAUGGUUUGGCGAGAUCGGUGUGGAAGAACUUGACUGGCCUGCACAGAAUCCUCAACUCAACCCUAUCGAACACCUUUGGGAUGAAUUGGAACACCGACUGCGAGCCAGGCCUAAUCGCCCAACAUCCGUGCCCGACCUCACUAAUACUCUUGUGGCUGAAUAGAAGCAAGUCCCCACAGCAAUGUUCUAACAUCUAGUGGAAAUCCCAUAAGAGUGGAGGCUGUUAUAGCAGCAAAGGGGGGACCAACUCCAUAUUAAUGCCCAUGAUUUUGGAAUGAGAUGUUCGACGAGCAGGUGUCCACAUACUUUUGGUCAUGUAGUGUAUCUUGUAUUUUAUUUGUUCGUUUUUUUUUCUGUUUGGACCCCAGAAAGAGUAGUAAUUGGGGAUCCUGAUAAAAAUCCUAAAUGUCAAGAUUCAGUUAGGAUUCAGUUAGGCUUAAAUGUUAAGAUUCAGUUAGGCUUCAGUUAGGCUUAAAUGUCCCUUUCUCUUAUCUUUCCCUUCAAUCUGCUUCAGGGAGGAGAUCAAAUGGCGUAAGUGGGCAGAUGAUUGGCUGGUUCAUCUGAUCUCGCCCAAUGUUUACCGGACCACUGGAGAGGCCCUGGCCUCCUUUGACUAUAUCGUCCGUGAGGGCAAGUUUGGCACUUAUGAGGGCUUCUUUGCAAAGUAUGUUGGAGCAGCUGCCAUGUUUGUCAUCUCAAAAAGACUGAAAAGUAGGUGGGUGCCCCAUAAAAAAAAUAUAUGAUGAUCUGCUCUUUAAGGUUUUGUACAUGUAUACGGUUUUUGUAAAUUGAGUGCUUUUUCUGAAUAAGUGGACUUUUCUGAAUAACCAGCCAAUGUUUGGUGAUGAGUUUGUUUUUAUAUUAAACGCCUCUAUCCUGCAGACACAACCUGCAGGAUGACGUGAGACAGGAUCUGUACAAGGCAGUCAAUGAGUGGGUGGUGGCCAUUGGCAAGAAGAGGAAGUUCAUGGGUGGAGACCAGCCCAAUCUGGCUGACCUGGUAAGAGCACCACAUGUCAUGUGAAGUAUUAUCUUAGACUUCUAGAACUGCAGAUUUGCUGAUGACAGACAUUUAUUUGGCUUUUUGUUUACUAUAGCCAAAAUGUGUUUGCUAAUUAUGUCCACGGCUCUCCUCUCUGCAGGCAGUGUAUGGGAUCCUGAGAGUGAUGGAGGGUCUUGAGGCCUGGGAUGACAUGAUGGAGAACACCAAGGUCAAGAGCUGGUACAAACGAAUGGAGAAAGCCACGAGGGCCAAAACUGACCCUGCUCUAAACAUUGACCAGCACUAGGAGAUCUGAUUCAAUAGUACUUCCAGCCCUCACUAAAUCAGGAGAUGUCAUGAGAUGUGAAAAGUGAUUUGCAUUAAGGAAAGCUGGUAUGAUGGGAGAAAUUGACUUCUCUAGCUAAUUUGGCAAAAGGCCAACCUCUUGAUUUAUUUCCUGUGAAAAUGCACCCAAAUGAUCUGCGUUGAUUUGCUUGAAUAAACUGGAAGCAGCAAGCCUUUUAGUUGUAGAUCCUUGGUUACUGUGGCAUUCUGUCUACCUGGUGUGUCAAGGCUGCAGUGACAUGCACAAUGUACACUGAGUAUACACAACAUUAAGAACUCUUUCAAUGAGAAAGUCGA